AUGGAGGAUCAAACAGAGGAGGAAACAUGCACGGAGUUGGAAGCAUUGGAUGGAUUUUAUCGUCAUGUUCACACAUACAAAAUGGAACAGCUAAUCGGCCAUUUCAACAAUCCAAAAGGGGGUCUUCAAUUUGAACAUCCAUCCGAUCCCAGGGAUCCAUUCAAUUGUUGCUUCUCAGGCAGUGACUUGGUGCAGAAAAUUCAUGAUUUACUGAAUACCGCGGACCAGCAAGAAGCUUUGCAUUUAGCCAACUUCUUCCUCCACUUCGGUUAUAUCUACCCCGUCAGUACACUGAAUGUCAGAAGAGUGAAGGCGGAUCCCGCGAUGAAGUUCCGGAUGCAGGCACCAUGCUUUUGGCCUUCAAAUUUUUCAAAACCCGAUGACGUGGAUUAUGCAGUUUACCUUUGCAAACAAAAGCUUAAGCGCUCAAACAAUGUGCAAGAAGAAUAUGAGGAACAGGCAUUAGAAACGCUGAAAAAUAGCAUGCUAGACAAAUGGGAAGCCAUCUGUCUACAGGCUCGAGAACAGAUACGUGUGGACCGACUGAGACUAAAGGAAGAUCGUGUGGUCUUAUUUCUGCAAGAACGUGCCUACUGGCGAAUACAUCGUCCCCCACCAAACAGACCCGAUGCAUUCUUGGAAGACAUACAAAGAAAUUUCACACUGACCCAAAUGAGAGCUCGUCAGAAAAGGAGAACAACUCCGGCACCAUCUAAGAAUCUGGACGCUGCAGCUGAGGAAACAAUAAGCAAAUCCUGCGAGAAUCCAGUAAAUAGGCAUCGAUCAACCGUCACAGACAGUUCAAGCCCAACCGAUUCGCACAACCUGGAAAAUCUGAUCAACUAUGCCAACACCAACAUGCCUUCCGACGCGUUUGCUAACCAUUUGGAAUACGAAAGUCCAUGGCUCAAAACACAUCACAGUGAUAGUGAUUGGCCUACGGAUUGUACUGGUUGCUCGGCAACUAGUCAGCUAUUUCCUUUACCACUACCCGGAUUAAGACAGAUUCGCAUGUGGGCGGUCACCAUGGAAAAUUUACUCAACGAUUCACUUGGUCGAUCCUGGUUGGAAUGGUUCAUGCAAAAGGAGCACAGUUGUGAGAAUAUACGAUUCUGGUUGGCGGUAGAUUCGUAUCGAUUUGGUCCGUUGUCCGCGGUGGCAACCGAAAGCAAACGCAUAUUUCAAGAAUAUAUUGCCGAUACUGGUUGCAGCGAGGUGAAUGUGGAUGACAAAAUCAAAGAUGUGAUUAAAGAAAGCAUUAACGUCAACUAG